GGCUGAGCUGUGUUCGCAUCUGGUUAAUUGUGAAGCGAGGUCGAGUUAUACGCGCUUCUGCAACGUGUGAAAAAUCGAGUAUGCUGAGGCAGUAACACGUCCAGAAUGCAGAGCAUAAAGUGCGUGGUGGUGGGGGACGGUGCGGUGGGGAAGACCUGCCUCCUCAUCUCGUACACCACCAACGCCUUCCCCAAGGAGUACAUCCCCACCGUCUUCGACAACUACAGCGCCCAGGUGACGGUGGACGGUCGGUCCGUCAGCCUGAACCUGUGGGACACGGCGGGCCAGGAGGAGUACGACCGUCUACGCACGCUCUCCUACCCGCAGACCAACGUCUUCCUCAUCUGCUUCUCCAUCGCCAGCCCGCCCUCCUACGAGAACGUCAAGCACAAGUGGCACCCGGAGGUCACCCACCACUGUCCCAACGUGCCCAUCCUGCUGGUGGGCACCAAGAGCGACCUGCGCUCCGACCCCGAGGUGCUGAAGAAGCUGAAGGAGCAGAACCAGACCACCGUCACCCAGCAGCAGGGCGCAGCGCUGGCCCGCCACAUCCACGCCAUCAAGUACCUCGAGUGCUCCGCCCUCAAUCAGGACGGCAUCAAGGAGGUGUUCGCCGAGGCCAUGCGGGCCUUCCUCAACCCACAGCCAGCCUCCAGUAAGAAACCCUGUGUGCUUUUAUAAAGCAAGAGAGAGAAAGAGAAUGAGUGAGAGAGAUAGAAAGAGACAUACUGAGAUACUCAUACUAAGAGACUUGUUACUGCAGUGAUCAUUUUAAAAUUACACAAUAAUGUUACUAAUGUAAUUAGAUGAAAUUUCUGUUUUAAAAGAAAAAAAAAAACAGAGUUUUGCUUAGUGGAUUUUGUGUUUGAAAUUUGAGAUGGGGGCGUGUCUGCUCUCCAUCCUGGUGGAGGCCUGUAUUGGUGUCUCAGCUCAGACUUGUGACCCUCAUACACUGGGCCUGACAUUCUGAGGAUGGUGAGAUUGCCCUGGCCUGAAGCCUAGACGUGCAACAGUGCUCUGCUCUCUGCCUCACAGAGAAAUUCUCUGCAUAAGCAGCAAAUUCAUUUUACCUGUAUCUUUUUUUUCUUGAUUCUGUGAAACCUCCUCUCUCUGUGCUUGUCAUCUCUUACUGCAGUCCAUGUCUUCCUGACUCAUUCAGUCUCCUUUAAGAAAUAGACAGAAGUGCUGUACACAGUGUCAAAGCUGGAGACCCAAGGGAGUUAAAAUCAGGGGUGUCCCCGCUGCUUACUCUGGGAUCCUACUGUUCCUCAGCCAUGCUUCUCUACCCUGCAUGAGGCCCCAGGCUCCAGCCAAAUCAAGAAGAACGCUUCCCACAGGGCUCUUAAAGACAGUGCACUUUGAGUGAAAUAAAUGUUAAACAACAGAGGACGUGAAAGCAAUGUGGCCAUAAUUGAACAGGGUGUUGAGUUUAGCUCCUUUGUGUUAGAGGAGCAAUGACAGCUGAGGGGGCGACCUAUUUCCGGAUCUUUCUCAGACCAUGAGUGAAGGAUUUUCCUUGUCCCAAAUGCAUCAGUUCUUAUGAAACUAUAGUAUGUCAGCUGGAGUUGUUAUUGUGUUUAAUUAGUGUGGGCAUCACUCCCUCCCCUUUUUCCUGCCAUAUUUUUCCAAGGAAUAAUAGAAAAAAAAAACAUUUACAGCUUUUCACUGAUGAGUUGGAGAAGAAUUUCUGUCACCCUCUGUAAGUGGUAGUUUGGCCUGACUGCAGUUAACCCUUUACUGCUUGGGGCUAUUAAAAUGGCACCUUGUGAAUGAUGAAUUUGUCCAAUUACUGGUGAGUUGGUCAAUUCUGAUUGGCGAGGAUUUCCGCCACUGAGCGGCUUCAUGUGGGGUUAGUUGCUUAAGGGAUGGUGGAGUGUUGUCUACCUUCUGCUGCAGUCUCCUCAUUUAUCCACCGAUUCUGCCCCUGUGUCACCUCUUUAGUCCAGCUGCAAGAUUAUUGCAUUGCUUCCUGUUGGGCCUAGAGAAUUGCUUGUAAUUUUUCAGGGACAAAAAUGACAUGGUAAACACUGGCAACUAUCCAGCUGAAAAUCAGUGUUGUA